CCCUCCUCCCUGGCUCUCCCUCUCAGUCUCCAGCUUUUCUCUCUCUCUCUCUGUCUCUCUGUCUCUCUCUCUCUCUCUCUCUCUCUCUGUCGGGCGGGCGGAGUCGCCCACCACUGCCAGCCCAGUGCUGGGGGCCCUGCUCCAGACUGCAGCUGCAGGACCCAACACCCUCCAUGGCUCCCCUGGCCUUAGUGGGGUUUGCACUCCUCCUGGGGACGCCCCCGUGCUCAGGGGCGGCCACCCCAACCCCCUCCCUGCCGCCUCCCCCGGCCAAUGACAGUGAUACCAGCACAGGGGGCUGCCAGGGCUCCAACCGCUGCCAACCGGGGGUCCUGCUGCCCGUUUGGGAGCCCGAUGACCCGUCGCUGGGUGACAAGGCGGCGCGAGCUGUGGUCUACUUCGUGGCCAUGGUUUACAUGUUCCUGGGCGUGUCCAUCAUCGCUGACCGCUUCAUGGCAUCCAUCGAGGUCAUCACAUCAAAGGAGAAGGAGAUCACCAUCACCAAGGCCAACGGUGAGACCAGCGUGGGCACCGUCCGCAUCUGGAACGAGACGGUGUCAAACCUCACGCUCAUGGCCCUGGGCUCCUCAGCCCCUGAGAUCCUGCUGUCUGUCAUCGAGGUCUGCGGCCACAACUUCCAGGCAGGCGAGCUGGGUCCGGGCACCAUCGUGGGCAGUGCUGCCUUCAACAUGUUUGUGGUCAUUGCCGUGUGCAUCUAUGUCAUCCCAGCCGGUGAGAGCCGCAAGAUCAAGCAUCUGAGAGUCUUCUUUGUCACUGCCUCUUGGAGUAUCUUCGCCUACGUCUGGCUUUAUCUCAUCCUUGCUGUCUUUUCCCCGGGUGUGGUCCAGGUGUGGGAGGCGCUGCUGACCCUCGUCUUCUUCCCGGUGUGCGUGGUGUUCGCCUGGAUGGCCGACAAGCGGCUGCUCUUCUACAAGUACGUGUACAAGCGCUACCGCACCGACCCGCGCAGCGGCAUCAUCAUCGGCGCCGAGGGCGACCCCCCCAAGAGCAUCGAGCUGGACGGCACGUUCGUGGGCGCCGAGGUGCCGGGCGAGCUGGGCGGCCUGGGCCCGGGCCCCGCCGAGGCCCGCGAGCUGGACGCCAGCCGCCGCGAGGUCAUCCAGAUCCUCAAGGACCUCAAGCAGAAGCACCCGGACAAGGACCUGGAGCAGCUGGUGGGCAUCGCCAACUACUACGCGCUGCUGCACCAGCAGAAGAGCCGCGCCUUCUACCGCAUCCAGGCCACGCGGCUGAUGACGGGCGCGGGCAACGUGCUGCGGCGACACGCGGUGGACGCGUCGCGCAGGGCCUCCCCAUCCGAGGGCCCUGGCGAGGACGAGGACGACGGCGCCAGCCGCAUCUUCUUCGAGCCCAGCCUCUACCACUGCCUGGAGAACUGCGGCUCCGUGCUGCUGUCCGUCACCUGCCAAGGCGGGGAGGGCAACAGCACCUUCUACGUGGACUACCGCACCGAGGACGGCUCCGCCAAGGCCGGCUCCGACUACGAGUACAGCGAGGGCACGCUGGUGUUCAAGCCAGGCGAGACACAGAAGGAGCUACGCAUCGGCAUCAUCGACGACGACAUCUUUGAGGAGGACGAACACUUCUUCGUGCGGCUGCUGAACCUGCGCGUAGGGGACGCGCAGGGCAUGUUCGAGCCCGACGGCGGCGGGCGGCCCAAGGGACGGCUGGUGGCGCCACUGCUGGCCACCGUCACCAUCCUGGACGACGACCACGCGGGCAUCUUCUCCUUCCAGGACCGCCUGCUGCACGUGAGCGAGUGCAUGGGCACCGUGGACGUGCGCGUCGUGCGCAGCUCGGGCGCGCGGGGCACCGUGCGCCUCCCGUACCGCACGGUGGACGGCACGGCGCGCGGCGGCGGCGUGCACUACGAGGACGCGUGCGGCGAGCUCGAGUUCGGCGACGACGAGACCAUGAAAACUCUUCAGGUAAAGAUAGUUGAUGACGAGGAAUAUGAGAAAAAGGAUAAUUUCUUCAUCGAGCUGGGCCAGCCGCAGUGGCUUAAGCGAGGGAUUUCAGCUCUGCUGCUCAAUCAAGGCGAUGGGGACAGGAAGCUGACAGCCGAGGAGGAGGAGGCCCGGAGGAUAGCAGAGAUGGGCAAGCCAGUUCUUGGGGAAAACUGCCGGCUGGAAGUCAUCAUCGAGGAGUCAUAUGAUUUUAAGAACACGGUGGAUAAACUCAUCAAGAAAACCAACUUGGCUUUGGUGAUUGGGACCCAUUCCUGGAGGGAACAGUUUUUAGAGGCUGUUACGGUGAGCGCAGGGGACGAGGAGGAGGAGGAGGACGGGUCCCGGGAGGAACGGCUGCCUUCCUGCUUUGACUACGUCAUGCACUUCCUGACGGUGUUCUGGAAGGUGCUAUUCGCCUGUGUGCCCCCCACCGAGUAUUGCCACGGCUGGGCCUGCUUCGGCGUCUGCAUCCUGGUCAUCGGCCUGCUCACCGCGCUCAUCGGGGACCUGGCCUCCCACUUUGGCUGCACCGUUGGCCUCAAGGACUCUGUCAACGCUGUAGUCUUCGUGGCCCUGGGCACCUCCAUCCCCGACACGUUCGCCAGCAAGGUAGCGGCGCUGCAGGACCAGUGCGCGGACGCGUCCAUCGGCAACGUGACGGGCUCCAACGCCGUGAACGUGUUCCUGGGCCUGGGCGUGGCCUGGUCGGUGGCUGCCGUGUACUGGGCGGUGCAAGGCCGCCCGUUCGAGGUGCGCACCGGCACGCUGGCCUUCUCCGUCACGCUCUUCACCGUCUUCGCCUUCGUGGGCAUCGCCGUGCUGCUGUACCGGCGCCGGCCGCACAUCGGGGGCGAGCUGGGCGGCCCGCGCGGCCCCAAGCUCGCCACCACCGCGCUCUUCCUGGGCCUCUGGUUCCUCUACAUCCUCUUCGCCAGCCUCGAGGCUUACUGCCACAUCCGGGGCUUCUAGGGCCCCCCUCCGCCCCAGAGACUCGGCCGCCCCUGCUCCGGACCCGCGUCUCCUCUGUCCUCCAGAGAUUCAGCCUCCUCUCCUGGGACUCAGCCUCCCUUCCUCCUGGGAACUGAUAGCCCCGUCGUCUGUCCCCACUGACAUCCUCCUCCCUCCCCCUCGGGAGUCUCCCCGAGGUACCCGCAACUGCAGCCCGUCCCUGUUAGUCACUGUCCACAUCCCCGGGGACCUUUCCACCUCGAGACCCCUCCCCAGAGGACCGUCCCCAACCCAGUGACCUUCUAGAGAAUCUACCAUCUGUCUCCCUAGACAUCCAGGCUUGCCCUAUCCCUUACCACCCCGACCCCCUUCCUCUAGUGGAUCCCCCCACCAUCACCACCACCAGGGACCUGUACCCCAGGGUCUCAGAACCUAGCCCUCCCUGGGGGACCUUUGAAGGAGGCUGAUCCGUUCCAGAAUGUCCCCAAUCUCAGCCCUUCUCCCCAGCCCUCAGGGAGCUCUGUUCAGCCCCCGGGGGCGGGGCGGAGGAACAGGUAGGUGCGUGCAGAAGGGGGCCACACCUUCCCUGAUUUCUCCACUCAGGCCCUUGGGAGGACACUAAUUCUCGAGGCUUGGAGAAGGGAGGGGAGAAGUUUGGGGUUUCAGAGCUGGAGGAGGCACAUUUGAACCUACAACUUCUCACAUUCCAGCGCCCCCACUCGCCUCCACUACCUCUGAGAGCCCAGCCAUGCCUUGGAAGGGGGGGGGCUGUGUGUAUAUACAGUGUGUUUGGGGGAGGGAGGACGCGGGAGGGUGCAUGUCUUGGGGAAAGGGGGUGACAGACUUUCCUUUUGUGAGGGCAGCAGACUCCCCCAGCCAUGAGAAUUGGCUUUGGGAAGGUGGCCAGGCAUCAAAGGGAGUCCAGCCAUCUCCCCUGACAAUCUAGAAGGCUCAUUUUGCCCUCAGUGCCAGCCAAUCCGGGCAGGACCCUCGAAGAGGAGACCGAGGGUCCCAGAGGACCAAUGCUACAAGCCAGCAAAUGCUGCCACAUCUCUGCCUGAUGGGGAGCAGGGGUGGAUGGGAGGGUGGGACUGGGGCCAGGGGGUCUGGGUGGGCAUUUUUAACUUUGGAGGCCACCCAUCUGUUGGUAGUCCAUCUGCAUUUUCUUACUGUUGUUUCCUGCCCGAAGGACACACUUGGGGUGUGCAGAGUGCUGCCCACUGCUUGGGACCCUGAGGAUCACCCUGCAACCCCCAUAACACCCUGCUUCCCACAGGUUUUUAGCGUUCUAUCGUCCUGUUGUGCAUCACCCCAACAUCCCAGCCCUGUUUCCCACUCCCCUUUCUCUACUCCUAGCUCAUCAGCACCAGUCGCUGUCUCUUCUCUGUGAUUUCUGUAAAAGUUGCCAUAAAAAUUUGAAAUUCUGCCUGAAAAACAGCCUUCCCGUGAGAAGUUGGGAUUCUAGAGGAGGGAGCUAAUGAGGUCUCUGACUGAGACUUGGGCAACUGUGGAACAGACCAGGUACUCUGGGUUUUUCCACGCCCCCGGUCCUCCGCAGGACACCCACAUGCACCAGCCACCCUGAAAGUUCACCUUUGCUUCCCGUAGCCACUCCCCCGCUCACCACCCAGUUUUCCCUAGCCACGCCUCCAACGACCACCCAGUUUUUCCUAGCCAUGCCCCCACGCCUCACCCGGGAGCUUUCUUAGCCACGCCCCUAUUCCCCCAGCCGCAAACUAUUCCUUUUCACUGGGCAUCCUGGGAACACAAAAGAGGAGGACCCAGAUUUGCCUGAUCAGAGGAGCUGGGGUUGAUGGGAGUUUCCUGAAUAAAGCAAGUGAUUUUCUCAGAAUCCUGA